UAAUAGAAGCCUCUGCUUCCCUUAGGGUAAACUUUGUUAUUGCAAGGGAAGGUUCUUUACCAUGAGAGUGCUCUGUGGUCAUAGAGCAAGAAUAUGAGGCCUGGGAUUUGACACUCAACACACCUGAACCCCUAUUUAACCAUUGUCUGACAGGGAAAUAGAUAGAAAAUUGUGAAACAUGACAAUAGUGUCAGUUGAUAGUAGUGGUACAUUCAGACUACUUAUGUAAUUACAUGAAAUAUGUUUUUCUUAAAUUAUGGAUGAACACUGGUGCCUAGUAGUUACUGUACUACAGUCAUAAGGGUUGAUGUUCAGGACUUGUCUCUACAUGUCCAUAGAGCUUUGUCCAGACAUGUACUAGAUCAGGAAAGUAGGAAGGCUUUGUGAAUCACUGUCUGAUGGCUGUUAAAUACAACUGCAGCGUUCUCAAUACACAGUCCAGUUCCUCUGUUACACAUAUGAAGUAAGUUACAAUUAAGAUUUUGAGAGAGGUUUACUUGUGCAUAAAUGAACCAGAACAACCAUGGCCAGUCGUAAGCACAUCCUGAGCUCUCUGGGGAAAAGUCCUGCCAGGCAGAACCUGUUUGGCCCAGUUGACCGUGAGCAGCUGCAGCAGGAGUACCAGGACACCCUGCGCAGAGACCUGGAGGACGCCUGUCGCCGCUGGGGCUUCGACUUCCUGUCAGAUAAGCCUCUGGCUGGGGGAGACUUCCAGUGGGAAGAGGUACCGGGCACCAAGGUGCCUCUCCUCUACCUGCCCUACCUGUUGAGUCAGGGGGAGGCACAGAAGAUCAGAGGGCCGGCAGCAUCCACAGGGAGGGUCAGGGCGGGGCCAUGGCACCGUGGCAAGGAAAACAUCCCUUGCACCCCUGAGAAGUACAGAGCCAACCUCCAGAACCUGGAGAAACCGCAAGACAAGAACGAGAACAAACUGAAGAGGAAACAGACCAACCUCACAGAUUUCUACCAAGCCAAGAAGAGAGUGGUGGGUACGUCGCUUAAGUCAGGCCGGUGAUUUCAGAGACACAGUCACAGCUGCCAGGGAGCCAACAGUCGGACAAAAUCACAGCAAGCACUACUUCUCUCAGGAACCCACACGCUGAAUAGACUGAGUACAUACAGUACACUUACCAGGAGGAAUACAUAACCAAUCCUCUAAACAAACACAGUGAAAAAUGAAACAACCUAUUUUAUUGCAUCCAUUACCGAUGCAUACUGUUUUAUUUUUUUAUCCAUGUAGGUUAACCGAUGUACAAUUGAUUUCAAUGUAAGGGGGCUUGUGUUCUCCCUGUGGUAAGGGAGGGACAUUCUAAUGGUGCAUCCAUGACCAUUUGUGAGUCAUGAAAGAACAUCCUCUGCACCUUUAUGACCGUUUAGUGUAAGGAAGACUUGAACAUCUAAGUCUGGACAGUUAAGGUCCUGCAUUCCACAGCACUGAUAUAGACCAAUCGAAACCAUGCCUCUGGGUCUACGCAUAAAUCGUCUUGUUUUGAUGACAUGUUGAAAUUCUGAAACCAUACUGUUUACGGUGCUGAGUUUGAAUCUACUGUAAUAUGGUGUCACAUUGAGAGGACGCUUGUAAAAAAUGACCGCAACAACACAAUAGUCUUCAACAGUCUUCCCAGUUCAAAUAUCCAAAUGUAUGGAUUGAUGUUUUUUUCAUUAUGAUGUGUCUCUCAUGAAGAGGGCCAGGAAUCAUGUUAUUGUCUGUCAUUUGCAAGCACUUCCUUUCCAAUGUAUGUGUUGUUGUACAUGAGAUUUCACAAUUUAAAUAUGUGUCUCAACAUGUACUCAUAGGAAUCUACUUGAAGGGUACUGCUCUGCAUAAAAUUAUGCAAACUCCUGUAUAGAAAUGGCACUCUUUUUUUUUUCUCACCUUUUUAUUUAAGAACAAAUUCUUAUUUUCAAUGACGGUUAGGAACAUUGGGUUAAAACUGCCUUGUUCAGGGGCAGAAUUACAGAUUUUUACCUUGUCAGCUCGGGGUUUUGAUCUUGCAAACUUCCGGUUACUUGUCCAAUGCUCUAAACACUAGGCUACCUGCCACCCAAUGUCCCCCUUUCUACCUAACUAGGGCUUCUUGCUAUAAUACUCUUGGGAAUUUGUUGAUAGGGACCUCUGCUAUGUUCUUUCAAGCUUUUCAAGUAUUUUUACAAAGUCUAUUUAGCAUCUGAACACAAAGCCAGACAUUCACGUUUCCUUAGAUACAGUGAGGGGGAAAUUUGAUCCCCUACUGAUUUUGUUCGUUUGCCCACUGACAAAGAAAUGAUCAGUCUAUAAUUUUAAUGGUAGGUUUAUUUGAACAGUGAGAGACAGCAUAACAA